UAGGCACGUCCACGCCAAUGGCACACUCCAGCUGUACCCCUUCUCUCAGUCCGCUUUUAAUAGCUUUAUACAUGAUAAUGACUAUUUCUGUACAGCAGAGAACUCCGCUGGAAAAAUCCGGAGUCCAAACAUCCGCGUCAAAGCUGUUUUCAGGGAGCCGUACACAGUGCGUGUGGAGGACCAGAGCGCCAUGCGUGGAAGUGCGGCUGUUUUCAAGUGCCUCACUCAACCCUCCGUGCAGGAGUAUGUCAGCGUUGUGUCCUGGGAGAAGGAUACCGUAUCCCUCAUAUCAGAGGGGAGAUUUGUCACCUCACCAUCCGGUGCCCUUUACAUCCUUGAUGUCCAGAAGGAGGAUGCCCUAUCUACUUACCGCUGCAUCACCAGACAUCGGUACAGUGGAGAGACGCGACAGAGCAAUGGAGCGCGUCUCAUAGUGUCAGAGCCUGCUGAGUCCGUCCCCAUUCUCCUCGAUGGGUUCCAAUCCCAUGAGGUUUUCGUUGGGGAUAAAGUGGAGCUACCAUGUAUUGCCUCAGGAUACCCAAACCUGGCCUCUCGUUGGAUUAAAGAUGGCCGCCCUGUUCCCUCAGACAGUCGUUGGAGUAAACGUUCUACAGGUCUGAGUAUGACAGACCUACGUCUAGAAGACAGCGGAACCUACAUUUGUGAAAUCACAAACAGCUUUGGUUCUGCGGAAGUCACCGGCAUGUUGACCAUCAUAGAAAAGCUCCGGGUGACUUUAACACCCAAGAAGCUGAAAACAGGGAUUGGCAGUACCGUCAUCCUGUCCUGUUCUAUCAGUGGAUCACCGGGCUACACUGUGAGAUGGUACCGGAACACAGAGCCCAUCGAAGCUGACGAGUUCAUUUCUAUACGAGGGACAGAUAACGAAACACUUGUCAUAAGCAGCGCUCAAAAAAUACACUCUGGGGCAUAUCAGUGCUUCGGGAGCCGUAAAACACAAACUGUCCAAGACUUUGCAAUCGUGGUGCUAGAAGAUGGGACGCCUCGUAUACUCUCUUCAUUCAGUGAAAAAGUCAUGAACCCGGGGGAGCCCUUUUCUCUUAUGUGCUCUGCCAAAGGAGCUCCUCCUCCUACAAUAAGUUGGACCUUAGAUGAUGAACCCAUCCAGCGAGAUUCAGGCCACCGCUCCAAUCAAUACACUGCUUCAGAUGGCAGCACCAUAAGUUACAUGAACGUGAGCAGUCCACAGAUUUUGGAUGGGGGUGUGUACAGAUGUUCUGCACGCAACUCUGUGGGGACUGCAGAAUACCAAGCUCGAAUAAACGUAAGAGGACCACCUAGUAUCCGUCCUAUGAAGAACCUGACAGCGGUGGCUGGAAGAGAUAGCUUCAUUCAUUGCCGGGUAAUUGGCUAUCCCUACUACUUCAUCAGUUGGUACAAGGAUUCUCUACUGCUCCCCGAUAACCACAGGCAGGUGGUCUUCGAGAAUGGGACCCUGAUGCUGAGUGACGUACAGAAGGGAAUGGAUGAAGGCGAAUACCUGUGCAGUGUCCUCAUUCAACCGCAGCUCUCCAUCAGCCAGAGCGUCCACAUCACCGUCAAAGUGCCUCCACUUAUUCAGCCCUUUGAGUUCCCCCCUGCCUCCAUCGGACAACUACUUUACAUCCCAUGUGUUGUGUCCUCCGGAGAUAUGCCCAUUCGUAUCACCUGGCGCAAGGAUGGCCAGGUCAUUGUCUCCAGUUCCGGCAUCACCAUUGAGACCAAGGAAUUCAUGAGCUCCCUGCAGAUCUCCAGUGUAUCUCUGAAGCAUAAUGGCAACUACACCUGCAUAGCAAGUAAUGACGCGGCCACGGUGAGCCGGGAGAGGCAGCUUAUAGUGCGAGUGCCCCCCAGAUUUGUUGUUCAGCCAAACAAUCAAGACGGAAUUUACGGCAAAGCUGGGGUCCUGAAUUGUUCUGUCGACGGCUAUCCACCUCCAAAGGUGGUCUGGAAACAUGCCAAAGGCAGUGGGAACCCCCAACAGUACCACCCGGUGCCGCUCACUGGCCGGAUCCAGAUUCUGCCCAACAGCUCCUUACUUAUACGUCAUGUUCUGGAAGAGGAUAUCGGUUAUUACCUAUGCCAGGCCAGCAAUGGCGUGGGCACCGACAUCAGCAAGUCAAUGUUUCUUACUGUGAAAAUUCCUGCCACCAUUACUUCUCACCCCAAUACAACUAUUGCAAUCAAAGGCCAGACAAAGGGUUUAAACUGUACAGCGCGAGGAGAACGCCCCAUUAUCAUCCGCUGGGAGAAAGGCGACACGGUCAUAGAUCCGGACCGGAACCUGCGAUAUGUGAUCGCCACCAAAGACAGUGGAGAUGAAGUUAUCUCAACGCUGACGCUUAAGCCGGCGGAGCGCGGAGACUCUGUGUUUUUUUCCUGUCACGCCAUAAAUUCAUAUGGAGAGGACAGGGGCCUUAUUCAGCUCACCGUGCAAGAACCUCCAGACCCCCCUGAACUGGAAAUUCGAGAAGUUAAAGCUCGCAGCAUGAAUCUUCGCUGGACGCAGAGAUUCGAUGGAAACAGCAUCAUUACUGCCUUUGAUAUUGAAUACAAAAAUAAAUCAGACACCUGGGACUUUAAACAAUCCACCCGAAAUAUCUCCCCCAUCAUCAACCAGGCUAAUAUUGUUGAUCUGCACCCAGCCUCUGUAUACAGCAUACGAAUGUACUCCUUCAAUAAGAUUGGGCGUAGUGAGCCAAGUAAAGAGCUGACCAUCAGUACCGAAGAAGCAGCUCCCGAUGGACCACCCAUGGAUGUCACACUUCAGCCUUUAACUUCUCAGAGUAUCCAAGUGACCUGGAAGGCACCAAGAAAAGAACUACAGAAUGGCGUGAUCCGUGGGUACCAGAUUGGCUACAGAGAAAACGGGCCAGGUAGUAACGGCCAGUAUAGUAUCGUAGAGAUGAAAGCUACAGGAGAUGGGGAGGUCUACACUUUGGACAACAUGAAGAAGUUUGCUCAAUAUGGAGUGGUCGUCCAAGCGUUCAAUAGAGCAGGAACUGGACCGUCUUCCACUGAGAUCAAUGCUACUACCUUAGAGGAUGUGCCAAGUCAGCCUCCAGAGAACAUACGAGCUCUUUCCAUCACAUCUGACGUGGCUGUAAUUUCUUGGUCUGAGCCACCUCGAAGUUCUCUGAAUGGGGUUCUUAAGGGUUACAGAGUCAUCUACUGGUCACUCUACCCUGAUGGAGAAUGGGGAGAAAUGCAGAAUAUAACCACCCCUCGGGAGCGAGUGGAGCUGAAAUCUCUCGAGAAGUUCACCAAUUAUAGCGUGCAAGUCCUGGCUUACACUCAGGCAGGGGAUGGAGUACGCAGCAGUGUGCUGUACCUGCAAACCAAGGAGGACAUCCCAGGUCCCCCUGCAGGAAUUAAAGCUGUACCAGCCUCAUCAAGCAGCGUUGUGGUCUCCUGGCUACCUCCAACUAAACCCAAUGGCAUCAUUCGCAAAUAUACCAUAUUCUGCUCAGUGCCUGGAUCUGGUCAGCCUGCACCCAGUGAAUACGAGACCAGCCCAGAAUUUCUACAUUACCGGAUUAUGCAUCUUCUUCGAGGGCAGCAAUACAUGCUCUGGGUAGCGGCUGUGACAUCAGCAGGACGGGGCAACGUGAGUGAAAGGGUGAUGAUUGAGCCAGCAGGAAAAGCUCCUGCCAAAAUUAUAUCAUUUGGUGGCACAGUGAGUACUCCCUGGAUGAAGGAUGUCCGCCUGCCAUGCAGUUCUGUAGGGGAUCCAGCUCCAGCCAUAAAAUGGACUAAAGACAGUGAGGACUCUGCUAUUCCAGUGGCACUAGAUGGGCAUAGGGUAAUUCACCCGAAUGGCACUCUCACACUACGUUCUGUCAAAGCAGAAGAUUCUGGAUACUACACCUGCACAGCUACUAACACUCUGGGUUUUGACACAAUAAUUGUUAAUCUCCUUGUGCAAGUCCCUCCUGACCAGCCUCGCCUCACAGUGUCUAAAUCUUCAGCUUCAUCUAUAACAUUGGCCUGGAUCCCAGGAGACAAUGGUGGAAGCUCUAUAAGAGGCUUUGUCCUACAGUACUCUGUAGAUAAUGGAGAAGAGUGGAGGGAUGUUUUCAUCAGUUCCUCUGAGCGAUCAUUCCGCCUGGAGAAUUUGCGAUGUGGAACUUGGUAUAAAGUUAAGCUGGCAGCCAAGAACAGUGUUGGAGCUGGAAGAAUCAGCGAAAUCAUCGAGGCCAAGACUCAUGGGAGAGAACCAUCUUUUAACAAAGACCAGCCCCUCUUCACUCACGUGAACUCAACUCAUGCCCGCCUGAACCUCCAUGGAUGGAACAGUGGAGGAUGUCCCAUUACAUCUGUAAUCCUAGAGUACCGUCCACGCAACAGCUGGCAAUGGCAGAGUCUGAAGGCUAAUGUUACAAGUGACGUGUUCCUCACCGACCUCCGAGAGGCCACCUGGUACGAGCUGAAGAUGAGGGCAUGUAACAGUGCUGGAUGCGGGAAUGAGACGUCACAGUUUGCAACACUGGACUAUGAUGGGAGUACAAUUCCACCCAUUAAGUCAGCACAAGGUGAGGGAGAUGAUGUGAAGAAACUGUUCUCCAUCGCUUGUCCUGUGAUCUUGGCCACAUUGGGAGUAGCCCUUUUGUUUAUUAUACGGAAGAAGAGGAAAGAGAAGAGACUGAAGAGGUUGAGAGAUGCAAAAAGUCUUGCAGAGAUGCUGAUCAGCAAAAAUAAUCGCAGCUUUGACACGCCUGUGAAGGGUCCACCUGCUGGACCGAGAUUACACAUUGAUAUUCCCAGGGUGCAGCUCCUCAUUGAGGAUAAAGAGGGUGUCAAGCAGCUUGCAGGUGACGAUAAAGCAACACUGCCUGUAACAGAUCCUGAAUUUAGCCCGACUGUAAACCCACAAAGCUUUUGCACUGGAGUUUCCUUGCAUCAUCCUGCACUGAUACAAAAUACAGGACCACUCAUUGACAUGUCCGACAUUAGACCGGGAACAAACCCAGUUUCUCGGAAAAGCGUGAAAUCUGCUCACAGUACCAGGAACAGAUAUUCAAGUCAGUGGACACUCACCAAAUGCCAGAGUUCUACCCCAGCGCGAACUCUGACCUCUGACUGGAGGACUGUUGGUUCUCAACAUGGCAUUACUGUGACUGAGAGUGAUAGUUACAGUGCCAGUCUUUCUCAGGACACAGAUAAGGGCCGCAACAGUAUGGUCUCCACAGAAAGUGCAUCCUCCACGUAUGAAGAACUAGCACGUGCCUACGAGCAUGCCAAGCUAGAAGAGCAGUUACAGCACGCCAAGUUUGAGAUCACCGAGUGCUUCAUCUCGGACAGUUCCUCUGAUCAAAUGACAACUGGAACCAAUGACAAUGGCGAUAGCAUGACCUCUAUGAGCACUCCCUCUGAACCAGGCAUCUGCCGCUUUACUGCUUCCCCUCCCAAACCACAGGACAGCGAUCCAACCAAGAAUGUGGCUGUGCCCAUCCCCCACAGAGCAAAAAGUGAAUAUUGCAAUCUCCCCAUGUACAUGAAAUCUGACCCCCAUUUUCGUAAGCCAGACCCCCAUGACUCUUGUCCAGUGGUGCCGCCCAGAGAGGCAUCUAUGCGCAAUCUAUCUCGGGGCUAUCACUCUCGCCAUCUUACUUUGGAGCCAGGUGCCAAGCCCCCACCUGGUCUAUCGCACCAAGCCCCAUCCAGUGUGAAUUUACCUCAACGGACUCUGCACAUGGCUGGGUCAUCUGCCUCUGCCCCAUCAGCCCCAGCAGCUACAGCACCCUCUGCCCCUGCUGACCCUGCUGCUUCUGCUGGACCUUUAGAAAAUCGCCUGCCUACCCAACACAGCAAGAUGGGAGGUUCCCGGGACUCUUUGCUGGAAAUGAGCAGCUCUGGAGCUGGUCGGGCACAAAAACAAGGAGCUGGAGCUUACUCCAAAUCUUACACUUUGGUCUGACA